UGUGUGCCAAUCACAUUUGACAAUGAUUUGUAUUGAUCUAAGGGACGUGCAGUUUUUGUUUUCAAUGAUGCAAGUGUCCUCAGUGACCUUGAAGUUGUUUUGGCGGCAAAGUUUGAAAAGUGCAAAAGCAGUGCUCCAGAAGAAGACAACUUUUCAGAAUAAUUAUGGGAAAAACAAAAAAAAAUCCAACACCAGGUCCACGAAGAAAACCCCGGCCGCUGUUGUCCCUCCGGAGACCCUCGUUACCAUUGUCCCCCAGGAGACUCCGGCCAUUGGUGUCCUUCAGGAGACUUCGACCACUGUUGUCCCUCAGGAGACCCUCGUUACUGUUGGCCCUCCAGAGACUCCGGCCACUGUUGCCAAUCAGGAGGCACCUAUUCCAGAUGACAUUCUCACUGAUGUCAUUCUAGAUAAAGUUGAUCAGACAUUGGUGUUGGACAUUGCCGAUGAUGAAGUACUAAAAGCCUUGAUACAAGGCAAUAUUUUCUCAACACCUGAAGAGAAUAGCCAGAUAACCAAUGAUGUGAAUCAGAAAGCUAUUAGCCGGUUCCCAUUUCAAAAUACGUCUUCUCCCUUCGAUAAGGAUGCAGAUGUAUUGCCGUAUCCGACAAGCACCACUUCCGUAAAAAAUAAGAAAAAAGUACAAGAAAGAUAUUUUGUGUUGACAUCGGAGGAAGUGAUCAGCCACAAAACAAAACAGUUGGAAGCAAAGCAAGACAAAGAAAAUAAAAAGGAAACGGCAAAACUACAAAGGACUCUCAAGCGAGAAGCAGCAAAAUGUACACCAAAAUCAAAAAAAGUGAAAAAAACGUCCAGCAAAAAUUGAAAAUGGUCAUAGAGGCAAAUGCAUGUAGACAUAUCAAUAUAGCCUACAUAUAGGCCUAGUAGAUUCUUAAAAGUUGCUUUUCAUUUUGUUGAAAUUAUAUAAAUUAAUUAAA